AUGGCUGGCGUAAAAGAUGAUUCACUUCAGUCCAUUAAUGUGCAAUUGAAUUGGCAAAAUUAUUCGCAUUGGCAUUAUGUUAUGAAAAACUUUCUAAAAGGGAAACGUAUGUGGGGUUAUGUUUCUGGAACUUCCACGAAAUCGAAGGACGAUAAGGAUGAGAGCUUUGUAGAACAGUUGGAUCUUUGGGAUGCCAACAAUUCGAAAAUCAUCACUUGGAUCAACAACUCAGUUCAACAAUCAAUCGGUAUCCAAUUGACGAAAUAUGAGACGGCGAAGGAAGUUUGGGAGCACUUGGAAAGGCUGUAUACACAGUCUAAUUUCGCAAAGCAGUAUCAGUUGGAGAUUGACAUUCGGGCCCUUCAACAGAAUAGCAUGAACGUUCAGGAAUUUUAUUCUGCUAUGUCUAAUUUGUGGGAUCAGCUUGCUUUGACUGAAUCAGCGGAGUUACGUGCAUUUGCCCCUUACAUUGCUCGGAGAGACGCACAACGUCUGGUUCAGUUUUUGAUGGCUCUUCGAGAUGAGUUUGAAGGUCUUCGUGGAACAAUCCUGCAUCGCAUUCCUCUUCCGUCGGUUGAUUUGGUGGUUAAUGAGUUGUUAGCAGAAGAGAUUCGCUUGAAGUCUUUUCCUCAUCGGCCAGCCUCCAACAAUCAACACAAGACUCAAGCCAAUGUUGGCUACGACGAAUGCAGUUUUUGCAAGCAAAAGGGACACUGGAAGGCUCAAUGUCCCAAACUGUUGAACAGGGCGCAAUCACCGAAUCAGUCUCCUCACUGGAAAUCUGGCAACCAACCUCAUCGACCUCUUCACUCUAUGUCUUCGAACAUGGAAGCUAUUGUUCCACCUGCAGAUUCUGGAAGCACUCCUAGUACCUCGAUUGAUACACUCACAGAGCAGUUUCAGAAGUUCAUUGCCUUGUAG